AUGCCUGCCUCCUCUGAGACCGCCGGUUACCGGUUCAACCACACCAUGAUCCGUAUCAAGGAUCCCAAGGCGUCCCUCCACUUCUACUGCGACGUCCUCGGCAUGGAGCAGAUCGACACCAUGCAGGGCUCGGACUUCACCCUCUACUUCCUCGCCUACGACACCUCCAAGGGCGCAGACUCUGCCGAGGAUAAGGCAAAGUACCGUUCUUCUCGCGAGGGCCUCCUCGAGCUCACGCACAACCACGGAACCGAGUCCGACCCCAACUUCAAGGGGUACGCAUCCGGCAACGCCGAGCCCGGACGGGGCUUUGGCCAUACCUGCAUCUCGACGCCCAACGUUGAGGAGGCGUGUGCGCGUCUUGAGCGCCUGGGUGUCCCGUUCCAGAAGAAGCUGACGGACGGGAGGAUGAAGAACAUCGCUUUUGCUCUGGACCCUGAUGGCUACUGGGUCGAGAUCAUCGGCUACCAGGAAAGGCCCUGAAACGUCCGCUCGGCUCUCUUUCCUCUCUAGGUGCUAAUGGCGCUCGCGUUCUCUUCGCUCGGGUUGGAGGCGUAAUCAAUCUAGGGUGUGAUGUAGCUGAACAGUAUGCGAAAUGGACGAAUUGAAGUGGUUGCGCGGUGUCGUCCGUAAGAUAAGAAGUAUAAGUGGUUAGAGAUACAGUGCAGGCGAUGUUCGUCAGCCUUGCGAGCCGUGUUGAGCUGCACUUGGCAUGCGUGCUGGCCGAUCAGGUCCAGAGACGCAGCAGGGAGAUAUCAUGAAUUCUUCAGACUAUCCUCCUCAGCUUCAACAGGGACAUCCAACCCCACCCUCCUAGCCGUAGCCUUCACCCUCUCCUCCGGGGUCAUAUCAUGCAGCGGGUUAUACCUGACGAGCAAUUCCUCGUAGGACCUCUGGCUGUGAAGGAAGGUGAGCGCGUUGAGAGCAUCUUGUUGCCGCUGGGCUUGGGAGAUUCGGGG